UCCGAGGACUUGCAUCUUAUAAAAAGGUCCCCAUCUGGCGUUUAGGCGGGAUGGGCUCUAGCGCUGGAAGAACCGGAGGAGUCGAGGCCCAAAGCGAAUGUCCUGUUCAGAGUGCACACAACCCGGCCUUGACACAGGCCCGGAGAGAGAGCCCCAGGACUCAAGCGCUUUGGGGCUCUCAUCCCUGAAUCCGCUCCGGGCAGCCUUCCUUUCCGCGAGGCUUCCCUUCCUUCUCUGAGGUUCGGGAGCCGGUGACGUCACCGUGCCCACUGGGUGUCCUCCUUUCUGUCCGCCUGUGAGUUCAGAGGCGGGGGGGGGGGCGCUCAGCCAAGCGCAGAGAUUCAGCCUCGCUUCUGGCACAAGCAGGCAGGCGGAGAGUGCGCGCGCGCGCGUUCGGGCUCCUGGCAAUUGACAAGCGCUCCCGUCCGCCCGGCUCCACAGCCGCGCAGGGAGUCCGAGCUCCUCGGCUGCGGCUCGCCUCGCGCCAGAGAAUCCGCCUGCAGAGACCGAGAGUUUUGUCGGCCUGGAUGUAAAAGGCGGCCGGUCCCCUUACCUAGAGGUGCUCCGCAAGAUGCACGCGUGAGAAGCAGCCUGAUUUAGGAGCUUGCCGAGGAGCCUGCCGGGGCCCAGGACCAUGGCCAGCAGCCCUUUGCCAGGCCCCACGGACCUCCUCCUGGCCGCCCCGUCCAACGCCUUCCCGGCGGAAUCCCUGAGCCAAGGGCAGCCCCCUCCGCAGCGCGGCUCUUCCCAUUCCGGCGGCGCCAUGAAGCCCAACCAGGUGGGCCAAGUGAUCCUCUAUGGCAUCCCCAUCGUGUCGCUGGUGAUCGACGGGCAGGAGCGGCUGUGCCUGGCGCAGAUCUCCAACACGCUGCUCAAGAAUUUCAGCUACAACGAGAUCCACAACCGCCGGGUGGCGCUGGGCAUCACCUGCGUGCAGUGCACCCCGGUGCAGCUGGAGAUCCUGCGGCGGGCCGGGGCCAUGCCCAUCUCUUCGCGGCGCUGCGGCAUGAUCACCAAAAGGGAAGCCGAGCGCCUCUGCAAGUCCUUCCUGGGCGAGAACCGGCCGCCCAAGCUACCCGACAACUUCGCCUUCGACGUCUCGCACGAGUGCGCCUGGGGCUGCCGGGGGAGCUUCAUCCCGGCCCGCUACAACAGCUCGCGGGCCAAGUGCAUCAAGUGCAGCUACUGCAGCAUGUACUUUUCGCCCAACAAGUUCAUCUUCCACUCCCACCGCACGCCCGAGGCCAAGUACACGCAGCCCGACGCCGCCAACUUCAACUCCUGGCGGCGCCAUCUCAAGCUCACCGACAAGACCCCGCAGGACGAGCUGGUCUUCGCCUGGGAGGACGUCAAGGCCAUGUUCAACGGCGGGAGCCGCAAGCGGGCCCUCCCGCACUCGACGCCGGCGCAUCAGCCCGGCGGGGGCGCCGCCGCCCCGCACUGCCACCCGCUGGGCUCCGUCAAGGCGGCGGUGGUGGGCGUCGGAGGAGGCCUGCUCAGCCCCCACCUCCUGGGAGCGCCGCCCCCGCCGCCCCCGGACCUCCACCAGAAGCGAGGCCGCUUCGACGACGACGAGGAGCUGCAGGAAGCGGUGGCGGCUGCCGCAGCUGCGGCCGCCGCGGUAGUACACGGCGGAGCCGGCAAAGCCCAGCGGAACUACCCGGUCAUCCCGGUGCCCAGCAAAGGCUCCUCCUUCGGGGGUGUCCUGCAGAAAUUUCCCGGCUGCGGGGGCCUCUUUCCUCACCCGUACGGCUUCCCUGCCGCCGCCUUCAGCCUCUGCCACAAGAAGGAGGACUCGGAGGGGCUGGGCGUCGGGGGCCAAGGGGGCCCCGCGGGACACAAGGCGGCGGCUGGGGCCUCGCCAGCGGCUGGAGCCGGCCUCUCGGGGCUCUUCUGGCCGGGGACCAGGAAGGACGCUGCCGCCGCCGCCGCCGCCGCCGCUUUCUACCCGCCUUUCUGCAUGUUUUGGCCCCCGCGUGCCCCGGGGGGGCUCCCGGGGCUGCCCACUUACUUGCAGCCCCCUCCACAGCCGCCCACCUGCACCGCCCUGGGCGGGGAGAACCCCAGCUUGCUGCGCCAAGCCUUUCUGGACCUCGCCGAGCCCAGCAGCGAAGGAGGAGCCGCCGGGCUGGGCACUCCUCCGGCUGCAGCCGCCCCUCAGGCCAGCGGCGGCGCCAGCCGGGACCCGCGGGCUUUCGACGGCGGAGAUGCCGCCUGUUCUCCCGGGGCCGAGGGAGGCGGCGGCGGGGCCCGCAGCUCUGCGGCUCACCAGCCCCACCUGCUGGAAGGGCAGCCCCGGGGCAAAGGGGGCGCCUCUUACCACCACUCCAGCGCCUUCCGUCCGGUGGGGGGCAAAGAGGACUCGGAAAGCCUGGCGAAGCUCCACCAUCACCAUCCGCCCCGCUCCUCCGCCUCCCCGCCGCCUCUCUUGCUGCUGCCCCCGGAGCGGGAGCAAGGGGCCUGCGACCGUCCCCUGCACCCCCCGGGCCACCGCCUCCUCUCCCCGGGGGGCACCAGCUGCAGCUACCCCAGCGAGGACAGCAGCGAUGAAGAGGAGGAGGAAGAGGAGGAGGAGGAGGAGGAAGAAGAAGAAGAAGAGCCCGAGGUGGACGUGGAGAGCCACAAACUGCCCGAGGAGGAAGGAGAGGAACCGGAGGAGGAGGCGGAAGAGCAGGAUGUGGUGGAUCCCGUCGGGGGAGCCAGCCGCUACCCCUCGAGACGGGGCUUGACGGACAAGGGCGCCGCUGCCGCUGUUGCCGCUCCCCCGACGGGGCCUUUCCCUGCGGCUUCCUGCAGGCCGGCUCAAGAGGAGGAGAAAUCGGGGGGGCUCAACUCCGAGCAGCUGCUGCAGCCGCCGCCUCUUCCUCCUUCUCUGCCCACCUGCCCCUCAAAGGGGGGGAGCAGCGACGAGAGCAGCCCAGCGCACCAUCCAUCAGCCGAGGAACAGCCGCCGCCGCCGCCGCCGCCCUACAAAGAUAUCCAGAAAAGUAAGGAAGGGAGCCCUGGUGUUCUCUCCACGAAGGAAGACGGCUUCUCAGAUAAGAACAAGGAACACAAUUUUUUCAUCACAGACUCAGAACAUCCAGGAGGGGACUUCUGGAGAAAUAUAGCAGGCGAACCCAUACAGGAAACCAAUUCACCUCAUUCUCUGAAAAAGGAUGUAGAAAACAUGGGAAAAGAAGAACUACAGAAGGUCUUGUUCGAGCAGAUAGACCUGCGGCGAAGACUAGAACAGGAGUUCCAAGUCCUAAAAGGAACUGCUUCUUUCCCAGUGUUCAAUAAUUUUCAAGAUCAGAUGAAGCGGGAAUUGGCCUAUAGAGAAGAAAUGGUUCAACAGUUACAAAUUAUUCCCUAUGCAGCAAGCUUGAUCAGGAAAGAAAAACUCGGGACACAUCUCAGCAAAAGCUAAAAGCAGGAGUACAGGAUCCUCUUAUAAGAUACCAUGCACCCAUCACUCUGAAUUCAGACUUAUUUAAAGACUGAAAAUGGAAGGGCUUUGGGUAUUUAAAAAGAAAAGAAAAGAAGAAACAAAGAUAAAUCGGGUUCCAUUGAACCCCAAGGACAAGUGACUUCAAAGCUUCAUGGACAACCAUGUAAAUUAGAAUGUAGCAGCCAUUUAUUAAUUUUAAAAGAAGAAGAGGGGAAAAUUGAGUAAUUCAAGAAUGCCUGUCUUGGAUGUUUUUGGUGGUACCAAAGUUUGGUUUGGUGUUUUUAGAAGGACUCCUGAACUCGAUAGAUACUGUGAAAAGGCUGUGACCCAGUCGUGUGGAUAAACCCAUGCAAAAGACCCUAACAGCAUCUCCCAGUCCAAUGCCACAAAAGCACUUGGAGAGUUCAGCUUGUUUUGCUUUUUGAAGGGUGUUUGUUUCUUUUGUAGAAAGGAACAUGAUUCAGAAAAGAAAAAAACAUGGGCUAGAAUGUCAUUGAGAUGCGUUGAUGGAAGAGCAUUAGCCAUAUCCAGCGCUUCCUAAAAGCAGACUGGGAACUUCUAGGAUCCUCAUAUGCUCAGUUGCCCACCCCAGAGUCUCUCCAUUCCCUCCUGGUAUUUUGCCUGCUGUAUGAAUGAAGAUUGUAAUCUUCUGGAAAUAUUUUACAAUUUAUUAUUGAGUGUAAUUAAAAAUAUAACCGCUGAGAUUUAAAAAAAGGUAUUUAACUCUGUUGUAGUUUCUUUAACAUU